AUGCACAAGGAACAAGGAAAAACGUAUACAAACAAAGUUUUUGACGAGGAGCAAAAACAUAAUCAGCUUUAAAGGUUUAUGCACCGAAAAGGGUUUUUAGAGUGUCAGUCCUCAAGAGUCCUAUGGCACAUAUAGGAUGAGCGUAUGGUUGAACCCGUGACCUUUCGGAGAGGUUGAAGUAUGGCGGAUGAGGAGGGCAAGCUGACGCUGCGGCGACUGGAAGCGCCCAUCCAGAAGUUCAUCAAAGUGGUGAUUCCCACUGAUCUGGAGCGCCUUCAGAAGCACCAGCAUAACAUAGAGAAGUUCCACAGAAACAGCCAGUGGGACAAACUGCACCAGGAGCACAUCAAUGCUAGUCGCACUGUACAGCAGUUGCGCUCGAACCUGCGCGAGAUGGAGAAGUUGUGCCAACGUGUCCGCAGCGCCGAAGCACCUGCGCUAGAGAAACUCGUCCAGCCGAUCAGAGAGCGCGCCUCAGCCGCCACUCAAGACUUCCUGCGGCUUCAUUCGGACUCUGUCAGUUACCCGGGGCCACACCCACAACAGACCGACAGCACAGACGCUCUCACAGGCUCCGACUCGGCAUAUAGUGAGGAGGAUGUGGGCGGGGCCGAGUCACCUGUCACUGGAGUCCAAGUUUAUUUACCUGCCAUUCCAGUUGAGCAGAAUGCUGCAGAAUCCUGGGACUUGUUAGAAGAGGAUCUGUUGGAGCUCAAUGGGUUAGUGAAGGAGUUCUGCUCACUCGUGCAUGCUCAGCAGGAGAAGAUCGACAGCAUCGAGGCCAACGUUAGUGUGGCGGCGGCGAACGUGGAGGAGGGGACACGCAGCCUGGGGAAGGCAGCGCGUUCAAGCCUGGCAGUGUUGCCCGUAGCAGGUGCAGUGGUUGGCACCGUCUUGGCCGGUCCACUUGGAUUGCUGGCGGGAUUUAAAGUGGCCGGCGUGGCAGCCGCGCUGGGAGGAGGCUUGCUCGGCUUCGCUGGAGGAAACCUCAUCCAACGCAAGAAGAGAGAGAGAGUGGAGCUGCAGCUUCAACGGCUCGAAGCUAAGCAUGAACACGAGCACGUGCAAUAACACACCUGCUCCUGGUAGGGAGACCGGAGUCCUGUACCGACACACGUUUUAAUCUACACGACGCUGGUAUUGCUGCUCCGCUCUAAACUCUAAAGCCUUAAACAGACUGUUUUUGCACCAGUGCAACAAAGUGUGUAGCAGUAUAUCAUGUAUAAUAUAAAAAUUUGUAGUAUUGAUGUGACUGUUGGUCAGGCGGUUGUUGGUUUACAGUGCGUGUGCCAUAUGGGGAUGCUUUAAGCCAUGUUUUAAAAAAACAACAACGAAACAAUCGGGGUCUUUUAUCGAUCGAGCUGUGCCACUUUGCAGACAUCAGAGAUCACUAGGGUGUCAUCAGUGUUGGGGUUAUGAAUGAUGAGCUUGAGAGCAACACCAAUUGUACACUGAAGUGUGUGGCUCUGAGCAAGGACUCAUUCAGUACAAUCACAAAUUUAUGAGAUACUAAUAGUUAAUAAUCACAAUUAUUGCGUAACAGUUUUGAAAUAAUUUGAGUAUUGUAAUUGAAUCAUUAGAUUCCAAAAUCCUGCACGUUAUUUAAUCUUAGGUUAUUGAUCAGAUUAAAUCCCUAUAACAUCAUAUUUUAACUCUGAACUAUUUGCGUUAUUUUUACUAAAAACUUGAACAACUACACUACCGUUCUGUGAAGAUACUCAGUCGUCCAGGUACAU